UUAUUUCAAAAUGGAAAUCUACUGUAACAUUAUAAAUCUUCCGGCGCCGAGCUUUCGGUCAGUAAUAUGUCGAGUGGUGGUUGUUGUGUGUCAGGGCCCAGCGCUGCGGUGCUCAGCGGACGUGUUGUUCCCUCGGACGGAGCGGCACAGUGCUCCUGACGUGAAGCUGCGCUGUGAGGCUCUGCAGCAGAUCAACCGCACCGUGCAGGAGGAGGAGGCUUUCUACCAGAAACACAUCCCGCCUGACAGCGCCGUCUCUGCGCGCGACAUACCAGACAGCUACGGUAACAUGAGCGAGGAGAUGCAGCCGUUCUGGCGUUUGGCUCGUGUGGCCGCGUCCUUCAUCAUGCUCAGAGAGUCCAGUGAGAACACAGAGUUCAACAUGGUUCAGAUGGCCAGCGUCACCCAGCAGGAGUCGAGCGAGGAGCAGCUGAUGUUGGAGUUUGUGGUUCUUCUUCAUGACCUCCCCUCGCAGGAGAUCGUUCAGUGGAAGCUGCUGGCGUCCUGGUCUCCAGACAGAGGCGUCAGGGUCCUGCAGACCGAGUGGCAGCCCAGAUGCCCUCACGCCACCAAACCACCCAACUAACCCUGUGCUGAAUGUGUGCCGGCCAUCCAGACCAAUAAAGACCGACCGAUA